GCGCAGUGAGAGCUGUUUUGUCCGCCAUCACCGUACUGAAAGAAUCGGAGGUUGGAGCGGCGGUGGAGGAGUGACAAUAAUAUCCCAGAAAGAGGGACACAGGCCCGCAGGAAAGGUUGAGGGGACUUAACAGCACAGUCACCAACACGUUUGACUUUAACGUCCCAAAUAGUCUUUCAUGUAAAUAAAGGAACACAGACAAAUUAAAUAUGUCGAACCUCAGCAAAGGCGGCACCAAGAAGGACACCAAGAUGAGGAUACGAGCCUUUCCUAUGACGAUGGAUGAGAAGUAUGUGAACAGCAUCUGGGACCUUCUGAAAAAUGCCAUCCAGGAGAUCCAGCGGAAGAAUAAUAGUGGGCUUAGCUUUGAAGAACUUUACAGGAAUGCAUACACCAUGGUGUUACACAAACAUGGAGAGAAACUCUACACAGGACUCCGAGAAGUCGUCACAGAACAUCUGAUCAACAAAGUACGAGAAGAUGUGUUAAACUCGUUAAAUAAUAAUUUUUUGCAAACAUUAAACCAAGCUUGGAAUGACCAUCAGACAGCUAUGGUGAUGAUCAGAGACAUCUUGAUGUACAUGGACCGUGUAUAUGUACAACAGAAUAAUGUAGAAAACGUCUACAAUCUUGGAUUAAUCAUUUUCAGAGACCAGGUUGUACGUUAUGGGUGCAUCAGAGAUCACCUCAGACAGACGCUUUUGGACAUGAUUGCACGAGAGAGGAAAGGCGAGGUGGUAGACAGGGGAGCAAUCCGAAAUGCUUGCCAGAUGUUAAUGAUUCUAGGCCUUGAAGGAAGAUCAGUUUAUGAAGAAGAUUUUGAAGCUCCAUUUUUAGAGAUGUCUGCAGAAUUUUUCCAGAUGGAAAGUCAGAAGUUUUUAGCUGAAAACAGUGCAAGUGUGUACAUUAAGAAAGUAGAGGCUAGAAUCAACGAAGAAAUUGAACGGGUGAUGCACUGCUUGGACAAAUCAACAGAAGAACCCAUUGUAAAAGUAGUUGAGAGAGAACUCAUUUCCAAGCACAUGAAGACCAUUGUGGAAAUGGAGAACUCUGGUCUUGUGCAUAUGCUGAAAAAUGGAAAGACAGAAGAUUUGGCCUGUAUGUACAAGCUAUUUAGCAGAGUGCCAAAUGGCCUGAAGACGAUGUGUGAGUGCAUGAGUUCAUACCUGCGGGAGCAGGGGAAGGCACUGGUGUCUGAAGAAGGAGAAGGGAAGAACCCUGUGGAUUACAUUCAGGGUCUUCUGGACCUGAAGAGCCGGUUUGAUCGUUUCCUGCAAGAAUCCUUCAAUAAUGAUCGGCUCUUCAAACAGACCAUUGCUGGAGACUUUGAGUACUUCCUGAAUCUCAAUUCCAGGUCACCAGAGUAUCUCUCGUUAUUUAUUGAUGAUAAGCUGAAAAAAGGAGUGAAGGGACUCACAGAACAAGAGGUGGAGACAAUCCUCGACAAAGCAAUGGUUUUGUUUAGGUUCAUGCAGGAAAAAGACGUGUUCGAACGGUAUUAUAAACAGCACUUAGCCAGAAGACUUCUCACCAACAAAAGUGUGUCUGAUGAUUCAGAGAAAAACAUGAUCUCAAAAUUGAAGACCGAGUGCGGCUGUCAGUUCACAUCCAAAUUGGAAGGAAUGUUCAGGGACAUGAGCAUCUCAAAUACAACAAUGGAUGAGUUUAGACAACAUCUGCAGUCCACAGGGGUUUCUUUAGGUGGAGUUGAUUUAACAGUAAGAGUACUAACUACAGGUUACUGGCCUACACAAUCUGCCACACCAAAAUGCAACAUCCCUCCAGCACCCAGACAUGCUUUUGAAGUAUUUAGAAGGUUUUACUUGGCCAAACACAGCGGUCGACAGCUUACACUCCAACACCAUAUGGGCUCUGCAGAUUUAAACGCCACUUUUUAUGGUCCUAUUAAAAAGGAGGACGGUUCUGAAGUUGGAGUAGGAGGAGCACAAGUAACUGGCUCUAAUACCAGAAAGCACAUAUUGCAAGUUUCAACAUUUCAGAUGACAAUAUUAAUGCUGUUCAACAAUAGAGAUAAAUACACAUUUGAGGAAAUUCAACAGGAGACGGAUAUUCCUGAACGAGAGCUUGUUAGAGCUCUUCAGUCACUGGCAUGUGGCAAGCCAACACAGCGGGUUCUUACUAAAGAACCAAAAUCUAAAGAAAUUGAGAAUGGGCAUGUAUUUACAGUAAACGACCAGUUCACUUCCAAAUUGCACAGAGUGAAGAUUCAAACAGUUGCUGCCAAACAAGGAGAGUCGGAUCCAGAGAGAAAAGAAACACGACAAAAAGUAGAUGACGACAGGAAACAUGAGAUUGAAGCUGCCAUUGUUCGCGUCAUGAAAUCUAGAAAGAAGAUGCAGCAUAAUGUGCUUGUAGCAGAGGUGACUCAACAGCUGAAGGCUCGUUUCUUACCAAGUCCGGUUGUUAUUAAAAAACGAAUUGAAGGACUUAUUGAGAGAGAAUAUUUGGCACGAACACCUGAGGAUCGCAAAGUAUAUACUUACGUAGCAUGAAAUGCAUUCAGUGAAAUACAGGAAGGAGUUUUGGACUAUUAUUCGCAUGAACUGGGAAGUUCCUUUUAAGUAAAUAAAAAUACUGGGAAGACCUCUUCACCAUUUAAAAAAAAAAAAAAUGCAGUAAGUGUUCUAGAUUUAUUUAAAUCAGGCCUUUUAUUCCCUGUGAGAAUUUUCAACAUGAAUUGAUCCAGCUUCAGGCUUUUCACCAUUUUACCCUUGUAGAGAUCGCCAUUAAACAAUUCCUUUGGAAGAAUGUGAAUGCACUGCAUAUUGUUUUCAAUACUGUAAAAAAGCAAAAAAAUAAAAAACAAAUAAAAAAUAGCAAACGUGAAUUACUAUUACUACAAAUAAAAAUAAUUGUUGGAAUUUCGCUCCCCAGUUUUUAAUGUUGAUGUAAAUGUGUUUUCUUAGUGUUUUGUAGCACUUGGCUGAUUGUACAGGUUUGAAUUAGAAGCAGUUCUAAACUGAAAUACUUUUAUUGCUGAUUUGCAGAGAGACAGGAUUGUUUUGUAGCAUGCGAUAUUUUACCAAUGGGAGUUAUUCUCACACUAGUAUAUAACUACAUUCUUGGUCGGCCCUGUUGUAAAAUGAAGCAGCAGUAUGAAUUGUUCCUUUUCAUAUUAGGUUCUUCCAAAUGCAGUUCUUAAUGGGUUGGGUUUUUCUGGUAUAUUGAUACAGGAAAUAAAUUAACACAAUGUUUUAAUGUAUAUAAAUUGUAAAAUAAAUCUGUUAUUGUACACUCUGCCGAAGUGGAUUGUACAGAGCCUUGUUUCCAAUGUAUUAAAUGUAGACAAAGGAAAUGUAAAAAAAAAACAAAACAUGGAUUUAGUGUAAAUGAUUGACCCGUGUAUUUAACAAGAGCAUCAACAAACCUAUAACAUUUUAAUGUGAUCAAGCUGAAAGAGUUGAAGGCGUUUUUACCACGAGAACACAUGAUGGACAGUGAAGACUGAAUGAAGUAUGUGUAAGAGAAAAUACUUUAAUCCACCCUAAACUCCACCACCAAAUCAUCGUUUUGUUGUUUUACAUUAAAGUGUGUAUUGUGUUUUCUGCUUUCUAAUUUUGCAGGGUUUAUAUUAACCUUCACUAACAGAGUGCUUGGUGAUAAAGGGUGAAAUGGCUGAAGUAAUGUGGAAUUUAUUAAUUGGAGUGCAUUUGUGUUUGCAGUUCAGUAAUAGAAUGCAACUUGUACAUAUUGGCUCUUUAUGUUUUAAAUGAAAAGAACAUAUUUAUUUAUCUAGAUACAGGAGAAGCAGUAACAUGCCUGGCUUCUGAAGAUUUCUUUUUUUUAUUUUUAUUU